AUGCAACUCUUGAGCUAUUUUGUAGUUGGUUUGACAUUGGGAAGUGCCUCUGAUGCUUCACUCCACCGAGUCCUCGUGGAAUUGGGUCUUCCGGAGCAUCAAGCGGAGGAGGCGUUGAAGCAGGGCUGCGCUGCAGAGGGUGUCCGAUGCAAUGCUCAAGGGCAUCUGGUGAGCCUGGCCCUCCCAAAUCGCAGUCUUCGAGGGCGACUUUCGAAGGAAGUGGGAGAGCUUCAGUGGUUGCAAAAGCUUGACCUAAGAGCCAACCAGCUAAAGGGCGAAAUUCCCAAGGAACUUGGUCAGCUUGAGGCUCUUGAGGAGCUGGACAUGUCCGGCAAUCUGCUGAAUGGCCAUGUUCCCAAAGAACUUGGCCGACUGAAAUAUCUCUGCGAGCUUCACCUCAACAACAACAGCCUCAAUGGUGACAUUCCGAUGGAGCUCAGCCAGCUCCAGUCCUUGCGCGUUUUGGGCCUUGAGGGGAAUCAACUGUCGGGCAACAUUCCCAGAGAGUUUCGGCAACUUCAACUUCUAAGGGUCUUGGAUCUGUCGGGCAACCAGCUGGAUGGCGAGAUUCCCAAAGAGCUUGGUCAGUUGCAGGCUCUGGAAGAGCUGCAUUUGACGCGGAACCAGUUGACGGGGGAUGGUCGAAGCAUUUCAGUCCUGAUGAACUCCAACGUGUGUCUAGAAGUAUUGGAUCUCAGCUACAACCUCUUGAGCGGAGAGCUGGAUGUAGACGUGUCCGUGGAGGCAGUCAGGGAGCUCCAACACCUGGAUCUGAGCCACAAUAAGUUUGUGGGUGACAUCUCAAGGCUAGUAGACCCAUUCUGCAAAUCGAAUCCUGUGGGAGGAUCACUACAAGAACUUCGCCUCAAUCACAAUGAACUCACAGGAGAGGUGCCACUGUGCUUGAUGCAGUUCCAGAAGUUGAACUUCCUUGCCUUAAAUAACAACUGGUUGCAAGGCUCACUUCCAGAAGUUAACGCCUCAGAACUGGUUGUCCUGUCUUUGCACAAGAACAAGUUGUCCGGUGUUCUUCCCAAAAGCCUUCACCAACUGAGUCGCCUCGGUGUGUUGACCCUGCACAAGAAUUCCAUGAGGGGGUCCAUCGGUGGCCUGCGCUUAAGUUCCGCGCAGUGUAUGGACAAUUCCAAGUUCCGGAUGGAGGGGCUCCGGUGUGAGGGAUGGAGACGAUCCUUCGAAGGCUUGCAGUCGGAGGAAGUGGCGGAAGUGGUGGAAGUGGAUCGCCUCCGGCAACUGGAAGCUAACUGCCCUACGUUAUUUGGAUGUUUAAGGAGCGAGGGUACGGCAUUCAUCACGUUACACCGCAAUCGCUUCUCCUGUGCAGUGCCCAAGAACAUUGCCACGGGCAAGGUGACCGUGGUGGGUCUGGUCAUCAUGGGAAACAUGCUGGGGGUGGGGCAAGAGCUGAAUUCAUCUUGGAUCCAAGCUGAGGAGAAGCAAUCCUUUCUCUACUACUCGCGGGAAGUCGAAAAGUCCAACUUCUAUGUGCUUUGCGGCUUUGUGGUUUUGCUCUUCUUUGCUGCUUUGUGUUAUCCACAACGGAGGAGGCUUCACCAAGCCUCGCGAAACUUGGAUUUCGACAGCACUGCUUGCAUUGCAUCAUCCAGCUUUGCAUUGUUGAAGGUCACUGGCAGCAGCUUUUGGAUCGCAUCUCCGCUUCUUUUGAUUUAUGUUUGCUUUGAAGUUUACUAUGAAUGCAGUCCGCCCCUGUGGCAAACCACAGCUGCGAACUUUGAAUCUGGGCUUUUGCCCGACCUUGCUGUUGUUGCUUGCUGGUCCGCGCUGCUGGUGCUUUUCCGAGCGGUCUUUGCCGGCAUGCCAAUGCAGGAUGCCCAGCAAGUGAAUGAGAAUAUGACCUCAGGUCGACCUGGGGGAGUUCUGGUAUGGGGUCUUUGGGUUUUCCUUGUGACCAUCUUCUCAUUGCCGUCCAUUUUGUUUGCCUUUGCCCAGUCCUUACCCGCCCACAACACCUCUGGUCUGAGCGAAGAGUUCUUGAGCUUUGUGCACAAGAUCGCACCGGUGCUGACAGUGUUGAUUGACAUGGUAGUGGCUGUUCCAAUGUCGACGCAAUACUCCGCUUGGUCUGGGUUGAAGACAGACAGAUUGUUGAUGACCUUCCGCCUGUUUUCUGCUUGGCUGUUACCACUGAUAACGACAGUCAUUUUGGAUGAAAACUGUAUUUCUGGGUGGAAAUGGACAUGGACGGUUUGCCAAGCGGGGUCCUCAGAGCACCGUCGCUUUGACUGGAGUAUUUACGACCAAGAGAUUCUGAGUGCGCAAAGGAGCAUUUGCAACUUAAGCCUCACUUGGUGGUCUGAUGGCCGUUGCAGCCGUGCCAUCAUUGGAAACUUGACACCGUUUUUGCUCAAAAAGUUGCUCACACGGUGCACGAUUCAGCCCUUAAUUUUGUGGCUACAGUGGCAGGUUUCCCGGCUGGAACACCAAGACAAUUUGCAGAGAGGACGUCAUUUGCGACUGUUGGGCAUCGGACCUAAAACCAGCGGUUUCCUGGCGCCUUUGCAGCAAAUGUCGUGGUUGACGACACAAUUGGAACUCUUAGCCUUUUGGACUCCGUUUAUUCCUUUGCUCAGCCUUGGCAUCCUGAGUGCGGGGAUUGCAAACUUGCUGAUGUUUGACCUGGGGAUUUGGGGUUUUGGGGUGACUCUUCCUUCGGAUAGUGUGAACAAGGGUGCUGCAGUGUCGGGUUCAUACUUAAGAUUUGCCCUUGGAGCUGGCUGUUGCUUUCAGCUUUGGUACGCUUUCAGCACCCGAAUGUAUGGGCGGUAUGUACUGCUGAUCUUCAGUCUUACAGUCAUGGGGCCGUGGGCAAAAUACUUUUUGCCUUUGGAUGUGGCGAGCCGUCAUUUCUGGAGGCAAGAAAGCGAGAUGGAGGUCAAUGAGUUUGAGAUGUCUGAGGUCGCACCAAGCUAA